CAGAGCCCGAACUCUUCACGUCGCGUCGGCCGGCAAUUGGCAUUCCCACUGCGCCGCCGUCGGAUCGACUGGGUCCUCGCCGCCGAUGGGCUUCUUCCGCCGGAUCGCCGGCUUCCUAGGCAUCUCGCGGGACGACGCCGACCACCCGGACUCCCCGACCUCCGUCGGCGGCGCCGCGGCGGCGGCGGAACUCCCUCAUGACAGGGCGGCGGCGCACGGGGUGAGGCAGGGGUUCAGCGUCAAGGUUCCUGUCCAUGUCGAGCGGCAGGUGCCCGUGCCCGUGCUGGUGCCCUGCCCGCAGGGGGACGGCGGCGUGCAGGGUUUUAGGUGGUACACAAGGAGGCUUAGGAUCGAUGAAGACGGCGACGUGGCUGACGAGUUCUUGGAUGAAAUUAUCCCGGAAGGCUCAAUCAGCAACGACAAAAGCGCAAGGUUCCAAGUGAAAUAUAACAAUAAACCUGCUGCUGUAGCGCUGAGGAAGCAGGUCAUCGCUGUCGACGGUGACAUCCGCCAUAGCUUGGAACACCAGGGGCAACUGCGGUGGGUGUGACUGAGUUGGAGCAGAUAAGUGAAUCCUGAGCUCUGCUCCAUCAGUGUGCGUUGAGCAGAGGGCGGGCACACACAGGAGCGGAGCGAAUGACUCAGGUUCUUCAUCUCUGAAGUGGACCUAGAAGUAGUUCGUUGCUGAUGUAUCCAUUGUUCUUCGUUCAGUGUGUUGGUAUGCUUGAUCUCAUGGCGAUUGAGACGCCUUGUACCACUAGCAGUUGUACAUUAUUGAAACAGCUCCCGCUGUACAUGUUGAAUGUGCUUGCUUGGCAAUGGAUCUGCCAGACUGGUGAAAAAUUGGAAUGUGACACUUCAGCCUUCAGCCUUUAAGCAUGGCUACAAAUUUAGAGCU